GAUCGCUCAACACUGCAACGUUAUGACCUCACGCAGUAUCGCGAGGUUCGUCAAGAUAACCACUGCCCGAGAAUCCGCCCGCGGAUUAAUUAAAAGCUCCAAAUCAUUCACGAGCAACCAUGCGCUCGCGAUUGUACGUAUUUAUACUAUUAUUGAUAUUAAUUUCAUCCAGAACACGCGCGUUCCAGGUACUCAAUGGGGUCAGUGUUUUACCGUCGGAAGUCUCAAAACAGUUGGACGAUUACUGGGCAACCUACAAGACGCAGUUUAAUAAAACGUACAAGGGAAAUCUGGAGAACGCGAGACGAAUAGCUUGGGAACAAAACCUCGUGGAGAUUUAUAAACACAACCUAAUGGCCGCCGCGGGACAUCACAGUUAUACAUUGCGGGAUAACCAUAUCGCCGAUCUCAGUAGUCCACAGUAUAUGCGCAAAAUGGUGAAACUGGUACCGAGUCGGAGGCGCCGAUUGUCGUCGAGCGAUCCGAUGCUGUCGGCGACUCUGCAGCAACCACACAACAUACCGGCUCGCCUGGAUUGGCGCGAACUCGGAUUCAACACCCGACCGGUGAACCAACGGGAAUGCGGUAGUUGCUACGCUUACUCUAUCGUGGAAAGUAUACAGGGACAGAUUUUCAAGCAGACUGGCAUGCUGAUCCCCUUGAGCGCACAACAGUUGGUUGAUUGCAGCACGGCGACCGGGAAUCGCGGUUGCGCCGGCGGUUCCCUCAGGAACACUUUGAGAUAUCUGGAGCGAUCGAAGGGUCUCAUGGCCAAAACCGAGUACCCGUACAAGGCCCAGGAUGGCCAGUGCAAAUUUCACAGAGACCUGAGCGUCGUCAAUAUCACGUCAUGGGCGAUUUUGCCAGCGCGAGACGAAACAGCUCUGGAGGCGGCAGUGGCAUCCGUCGGUCCCAUAGCCGUGUCCAUAAACGCUAUGCCGAAGACGUUCCAGCUUUAUCACAAAGGUGUCUACGACGACCAUCUGUGCAGCUCAGACACGGUGAACCACGCGAUGCUGAUUGUCGGAUAUACGCCGACCGAGUGGAUCCUGAAGAACUGGUGGGGCGAGAACUGGGGCGAGAACGGUUACAUGCGACUGGCGAAAAACAAAAAUCGAUGCGGCAUCGCGAACUACGCGGCUUACGUGAAAGUUUGA